UGGGACCUCUACGAAUACUGGCGCGCACAUCGUUGUAAGAAACGCUGGCGCAAUUUCCCUAUUCCAUCGGCUGAUAACCGCCGCCACGACAGCCGCCACGUAAGCAUCGUCGUUCCGACCGUCGAUCCUGAGACUGGCUUUGCUACCUGCCUCUGCAGCUUCCUCAAGAACAAACCCACGCGAAGUGAUCAUCGUUACCACGGGAAAAGAAGUGGAAGCCAUAAAAAGACUGGUAGACAGUCCAUCCGUCAAGGCUGCGCGUGGGGAGGUUGAUCUCAAAAUCCUGUCAAUCUCUCGCGCCAACAAGAGAGAUCAAUUGGUCCUGGGAAUUAAUGCGGGCAGCGGAGAUGUGAUAGCCUUAGUUGAUGAUGAUGCUUAUUGGGAAACCAACACUGUCUUGGGCUAUCUACUUGCACCUUUUCAACAUCAGGAUAUCGGCCUCGUUGGCGGUGCCGUCACGAAAAUACCCGAAGUCGUGACACCGUGGGAAGUGGCCGCCAUUCGACUUCGCAGUAAGCGUUACAACAGUGUGAAAAGCGCUCAUUCUGCAGAUGGAGGAAUCAAUUUCUGCGUCUCUGGCGCCACGAUGAUCCUCCGUGCAGAGAUCCUCCGUGAUUCUGCAUUUCAAUAUGCGUUCACCCACGAUUUCUGGAUGGGACAAAGGCAAAACACGGGUGACGACAAUUUCAUUACACGCUGGGUAUUAUUUGGUCACCUUUUCGAGAAUUCCCAGCCGGAAAGCAACGCAUCUCGGCGGAAAUGGAAAAUUGGAAUUCAGCUUACACGGGAAGCGCAAGUCAGUACUUCGAUCAUGCCUGACUCCCGGUUUGCUGGACAAAUGAAGAGGUGGUGCCGGUCUGGACUUCGACACAGACUGAUGUGCCUCCUAUAUGAGCCCGGAAUUCGUGGCAUGUGGCGCACAUGUCCUUUCAUGACAAGGAAAAUGGUGGAGGCAAUGCUCAAUCCGAUCCUGGUAUGGAUUCGAAUCUAUUACUGGUUCAAGACCGCCGCGGUCUAUCCUCGAUUAGCGUGUUUAAUCGUCGGAUAUAAAAUCUACAAACAAGCCAUUACGCUGCGUCGUUUCAAGAAGGAAUAUCCAUGGAUCAGGAAGCACCUGUGGGCGGCUUUGCUCGUUGACAGAUUGAACUACAUUUCAGAUUGGUAUUGCUGGAUGACACUCGGGAAUGAUGCUUGGGUGACCAGGGCAACGAUUGAUGAGUGA